UCAGUGGCCGAGUAUAAUGUUUCUUUGGUUAUUAGUUAUGACCGGAAAUCCGGACCACUCGGUAAUAAUAGCUUCGACUUAAAAUUGAGAGUAAAAGUGUCCCGGAAGAACUUCAUCAAAAACACGCAACGCCAUAUCUCCUUAUUAAUUUAUCGAAAAAAUUUAAGUCGGAUUUAUGCGCGAGUUUCUAUUUUAUUUCUUUUUUUUCUCGUCAUAUCCUCUGUUUCUUUUUUCAAUUUAUUUUUAGCUGACAAUUUAUUUUCACUUCACAGCUGAGCUCGUGAAAAUGUUCGAUUUGUUACCAACUAUAACCUUUGGUGCGCCGUUCUGUGUGCGCUUUUAAACUCGCCGCAUGUGGUACCUUUGUUACUACAGAUUGGGUUAUGUCGUGGCAGUGUGCUUUUGAAUCGUGUGCGUUAUGCUCGUUGUAAACACCUAGUUUUUAGCGGUAGAAUUUGCGAAUAUAAAAAGCUCAUUGAUUAGACGUACUUAAGUAAUAUAUUGUGGUUUGAGGAAGCAUCAUCAUUAGUAUCGUUUAGAAUUUAAAAGUGUUCAACAGGUAUAGAUGAUAAUGUAUAGUAGUGUAAUCCGUUGACCGAGAUAUUCACAGAAAAUGAGUUGACGAACGGUGUUCUGGAUGAAUUCGACGGGUUGGAACGACACGGACAAUGAGGGCGACCCAUCGGCCGACUGGCAAUACAUGUUCGGUGACAGGUAUCCGCUCACCGUGCUGUUGUUUUCUUUUUGUAUGGUCACCGUAUUCGGUAACUGCUUGGUGAUUAUAGCGGUGGUGCGGGAGAGGUACUUGCACACAGCCACUAAUUACUUCAUCACAUCGUUGGCGUUUGCCGACUUUCUGGUCGGUUUGGUCGUGAUGCCCGUUAGUGCUAUGCACGAAAUUCUCGAUCACUACUGGACGUUCGGAAUAAACUCGUGCGACGUGUGGCGUUCGUUAGAUGUCUUGUUUAGCACAGCUUCCAUAUUGAACUUGUGCGUGAUCUCUUUAGACAGAUAUUGGGCGAUCACCGACCCGUUUACGUAUCCCACAAAAAUGAGCAGGAAACGGGCGUAUUAUCUGAUAGCCGCGGUGUGGGUGUGCAGCAGCGUCAUAAGCUUCCCGGCAAUAAUAUGGUGGCGGCUGGUGCGCACCGAACCCGUGCCGCGGUACACGUGUCCGUUUACCAACAGCACGGGUUACCUAAUAUUCUCAUCGACCAUAUCGUUCUAUGUGCCACUGCUGGUGAUGGUGUUCACGUACUAUAAAAUUUACACCGCUGCGGUGACGCAAACCCGGUGUCAGAGACUCGGCACUAAAGUCUUGUCGUCUACCGUGACAGGCGGCAACAGCACGGGCCGCAUGGAACUCACUUUGCGCAUUCACAGAGGCGGUAGUAACUCAACGUCGCAAAACUAUACACGCGCACAUCAGCUGCAGAAGAAUUUCUCUCUGAGUAGAAAACUCAGCAAACUUUCCAGGGAGAAAAAAGCUGCCAAGACGCUGGGCAUAGUGAUGGGUGUGUUCAUAGUAUGCUGGCUUCCUUUUUUCGUCGUCAACCUCUUGUCCGGGUUCUGUGACGAGAACUGUAUGUUCAAGGACCAGCUUUUGUCUUCCGUGGUCACAUGGCUCGGUUGGAUCAACAGUGGCAUGAACCCUGUGAUAUAUGCUUGCUGGAGUAGAGAUUUUAGAAGGGCGUAUGGUCGUAUAUUAUGCGUAUGCUGUCCUAGAAAAGUUCGGAGAAAAUAUAGGAGACCUUUACGUUAUCGUUCCAGUCAGUACAUGGGAGCAUCGAUGGUGUUGGCUCCAGCUACUGUUACUUACGCCACUGUCAAUCAAGAUGACAUGUUCAAUAUAUAAAAUUAAGCAGUCAUGUUAAAAUAAGAAAAGAAAACAAAUGAAUACUAAUAUUAUUUGAAAUCAAAUCUAUUAAUCAGAAUAAGCAUUUUCACCAGUUUAAGUCCUUACUUUUAGAAUGGAUGUGUAGCUAAAAAGGUAUUGGUCUUAGUUUCUUUUUUUUUUUUUUUUUUUGUGACACUAUACACGAUUUCUCCGCUACAAUUGGACCGAUUUUGCUCAACGAUACGUCAAAAUAUUACAAAACGUAUCUUGUUGAAAUUAAACGUGCCAUAAUUUUAAAAAAUAUCCCUUAAAUCCUGUAAAUAAAGGGAAAUGUGUCAAAAAAAUAUAGUUGUUAUAAAACAGUCCAUGUUGGUAUUUUCAGUUUUUACUUUGUAUUGAAAUAACUUUUUUUUAACGGAUAAAAUAAUAUGUUAGAAACCUACAAACUAGCAAAAACGUCAAAAAAUACAUUUUAUACAUAUUUUAAAAUUGUAAAAGAAAAAUCUUAAAAUAGUUCAUUGUUUUUCUAUAUAAAAUUAGUUUAAAUAUUUUUUCAUUAAGGGAAAUAAAUCGUAAGCGAAUUUGUGAAAUGAUGAGCUGGUCAAAACUUUGCCCUAGUUCACUUUUAUAGAUAAGACGUUAUAAUUAUGCCCUAGUUGAGCAUAAUCUUAAAUGAUACCCCUGAACAACAUACUUUUUUUGGAAAUCCAAUUAGAUACUGUGGGUUUAAAAAUCAUAUCAACAUUUUUUUAUAUUUAAUAUUUAAAAAUGCUCCAAAAAACCUGAUUUCUUCAAACGUACAUUAAAUUAAAACUAAUAUGAUAUUAUGAUUAAAAUGAAAGCAGAAAAACUAUCCCAAAUUUCGAUUUUUAGAUUAUUGAAUAUUAAAUUUUAAAAUCAUAUAAUAUUUAGUAAAAAUGGCCGAUUCUCAACUAUUUUGCAUAGCAAUGGAAUACCUAAAUCAUUUAAAACUAAAUAAAAUUUAAGAUUUCUUGUGUACUAUACAAUUAAAAAUGUAAAAGACUUAUCGACGGCUGGUCUUUUAUAUAAUCAAAAAUUAAACUUUUGAAAAAGUUUUAAAUUUAGCAUUUGUUUCGAAACCUGUUUUUUAAAUUGUUACGUGUAAUAUGCAUAGAAACGUUUACACAAAAAUGAUUUCAACCACUGUCAGAUAUCAAUCGAUACUAAUAUGAAAAAAUGACUCAACUACACUUUAUCCCGACUGUACUUUUAUUUUACGUUGUGUUCAACGAGUUAUUUUUUAUUGGUUAAAUAACCAUUAUGAAAUGUUAUUGAUGAAGAAUUUAAUUAUUACCCUAUCUUGAUUUUUUGACAGCAUUUUCCCUAAACUUUGUGAAGUAUAUCAAAAGUAAACUUAUUUGAUUAUCGUCAUAUCAUUUUCGAUCGUUGACAGAAUAUCCGUUUUUUUGUUGUUGUUAAGAUUUACGGCAUAGUUUAUAUUUGAUCAAGUAUAUGAAAGUGUUCAACUUUUCCCCUUAGGUGUGAAUUCCAAUAUAUUAAGAUAAAGUAUUAUUAUAGUGUCAAAAAUUAAUGUCGGUAUAAUACAGAUAUUGAAAUUUUAACAUUAUAUUAUAAAAGUGUUAUUUAAAUAGACAUUUAUGAUUUUUAAAUCACAAAAACUUGUAUAUUUACCUAUAAUAUAUAAUAAGAUAAAACACAUCACCUUGAUGAGAAGCGAUCAUUUUUUUCCCCAUGUUAUCAAUUUAUUUUGAAUUCAUUUUAACAACCAUAUCAAAUAACCAAAUAUAAGCUGAAUAUCAACUCUUUACAGCUAUUCUUUUAGAUUAUAUAAUCUAUUCUUAUAAUGUGUUCUAACCUGUGUACUGUGUUAUUAUUAUUGUAUUUUUAUAAUUAGUGGUUUUAGAAAUGUACAUUUUAUUAAUUGUUACUGAUUCGUGUGUAACGUAAAAUAAAUCGAAAAAACCAUUGCUUAAGAACUAUGGCAAAGAUUUAUUAUAAGAUUGUACGGCAAUAAUAUUUCCUUUAAAUAUCAUUGUAAUUAAUAUUAUUUUCUGUCUUGAACUGUGAUUCAGCAAUAAAAUUUGUUACCAUCGCUACUAUAUUUCUGUGAUUAAUGAUGUAAAAGCACAACUUUUAAUUCUAAUAAGUUAACAAUAGUGCCUAACUGUAUUUACAAGGCGUUUUCUUGAAGUAAACAAUUUUUUUUUAUUAUUAAAUUCCUAGAAAUAUGGAAAAAAAUAAAAAUACAUUUUUUUCAAUCAAAUAAUUAUUUGUAAAUCAAUUUCAAUAUCAUUAAUUAAAUAUAUAUUUAAGUACCUACUUGGUAGUAUUCAUAUUUUCAUUUUUAGGCAGGAAGAACAGUGUUGAAUUCAGAUUUACAUCAGGGAGCUCGACAUCCCCUUGAAUUUCGAUAGCCCCCCCCCUAAAAAUUUCAGGAUGACAACGAUAAUAUAGCUAUUUUCGAAAAUUGACACGAUGUUUCGUUUAAUAAUUAAUGAAAACCUUUUAAUGAAAUUUUAUGAAAAUAUAGUAAGAAAAAAAUUAUUCUGCAUGUCUCUGUAAAAUAUUCUAAAUUCAACAUUGAGUAGGACCGUGUGGCGAGAAAUAUUUAGUGAUUAAAAUAGCAGUAUCCAUACUUUACCUUCAGUCUAUAAUUUAAAAAGCUAAUAGCUUCUGAAGUUCUAUCCCGAAAUUUGUUGUCGACCAUUCAUAAUUUUCUAUUUUAUGACCUAAGUUAAUAUAUAUGCUGCCAUUUAAAGAAAUAAAGUUAAUAUUCCUAUAAGAUAUAAGGGAUAAACUAAAGAAGUACUUAGUAAUCAAUAAAUUAAGAAGUAUACAGAAUGAUUUUUUUAUCAUAACCUAUUUAUUACCAAUAGUAGUAAGACACAUUGUUGUGAUUUAAUAAAUACAUUAACUAGCAAUACAGAAAGCAUAUCUAUUGAUAGUCAUAAUUGACAAUAAACAUUUCAUGACUGUGAUAGCGACGUCAUAAAAAAACAAUGAGGAACCUGCAUUUGUAAUCUUUGGUGUAUUAUACAUGUAUAUUUUUUUCAAAAUUUGAAACUUCAAAGUUUUAUUUCUAAUAUACAAAUAAGAUUAUAUUGAAAAUUCAAAAGUCAUUUUAUAUUAAAUUUAAAAACUUUAACAUUUUAUUAAAUUCACAAUAUGUAUUCCCAUUAGAAAAAACAAAGUUGUCACCCUUAGAAGGCAUGAACUUAAAAAUUAUUACAUAGUUUAUAAUUCAGAAAUAAUGUGUAACUAAAGAUAACCAAAAAUAAUUUUAUUAUUUUUAUUCUGUCAGUAAUUCAGUGGGUUUAGAUAAAAAAAUCACUCUGUAUGUAAGUAAUAAAAGAAAAAAUAUAUUACCGAAAUUAUUUUUAUUUUGUAAAUAAUUUAGUGGGUUUUGAUAAAUGGAUUACUCUGUUAUUAUAUUUAUAUUAAAUGUUAACGGAAUAUUAAAAGAAUAAUGAAAAAUAUCAUGUUAGUAUUUAAAGUGUGUAACUUAAAUCCAUAAUUUAAACAUACGAUUAUAAAUCAAACAAAAUUACAUUGAACUAUAAUAAUCAAUCUUUCUUAUAAAUUUCCCCUUUAGUUUUUAAACAUAUUAAACAAUUCUUAGUAUAACAAUCAGAGGUGUAUUCAUGUUGGGUAGUCAUAAGGGUCAAUCUACACUUUUGGAUAAAAAAUUUAGACCAUAUUAAUCAAAAUUUAGUUAUAUGCCUAUUAUAUUUUAUGAUGAUACAUAAUUUUUUCUUUUUGUUAUAGUAUAAUCAAUUUCAAGUUUAUAUUUACGAAAUAAAAAUGUUUAGAGACAACCUACUAAUAUAAUUUAAUUAGUAUACAAUUCAAAAGAAUUAUUAAUAAGAAAACAAAACAAGUUUUAUUUAUACGUAAUAUCAUAACAUAUAUAUAUUAUGCAUAAAUGAUAAUCCCGUUUAGCUUUAAAUUUUAUUAAAAUGAAUUAUGUUAACAUUCUAUUACAUUAGAUCCUUGAAUAAUUACUUAUUAAAUUUUAGAAUUUUACAU